ACAGACAAACGAAGCUGCGAAAAGGCGAUAGAGAUGGGAAACCAUAAGCUCAAAUGGACGGAGGAGGAGGAGGAGGCGUUGCUCGCCGGCGUUCAGAAGCAUGGGCCCGGAAAGUGGAAGAAUAUUAUCCGAGAUCCUGAGUUCGCUGAUCCCCUCUACAAUCGCUCCAACAUCGACCUCAAGGAUAAAUGGCGUAACUUGAGUGUUCCUGCUGACAUUCAAGGCUCAAUUGAUAAGGUGCGGACACCAAAAAUCAAAGCUGCCGCUUUGAAUCUAGCCGCCGUUGCAGCUGCUGCUACCAGUACUCCACCACCUUCUAGUGCGACCCCUUCUCCGGUUGCUCCCCUUCCUCGUAGUGGAUCUUCUGAUUUGAACGUUGAUGAUAGUUGGAACACUAUGGUGGAUGCAAAGAAUGCUCCCAGGUAUGAUGGGAUGAUAUUCGAAGCUCUUUCAGCGUUGACGGAUCCUAGUGGAUCUGAUGUCACUACGAUUUUCAACUUCAUCGAGGAAAAAAAACAUGAAGUGCCACCAACUUUUAAAAGGGUCCUGGGUUCAAGAUUGAGGAGGCUUGCUGCUCAAGGCAAAAUUGAAAAGGUUAACCAGAUAAGAGCAGGAACGCAGAACUUCUAUAGGAUGAAUGGUACUAGCUUCUCGGGAAUGAGAGCGCCAGUUGUAGCGAGACCUAAAGAGGUGAAUGUGAAACCCCGGCAGACAAACAGUCAACGAGUACUCACGGUUUCGCAGAGGAAGGUUGAUCAAGCUUCAGGAACCGCAGCUUUUAAGCUCGCGGAGGUAGAAAAAAAUUUAGAAUUGGUCAAAAGAGCUGCAGAACACAAAGAAAGGAUGAUAAAACUGGCAGAACAAGCUGAGAUUAUUCUACUGCUAGCGGAAGAGUUGCACGAAGCAUGUUCUCAGGGAAAGAUUGUGGAACUGAAUUGAGGUUGAUGGAAACAAAAGAAGCAAGCACAGAGUGAGUCUUAGUUUUGGUAUAUAUACUGAUAGUAAUUAGCCAUUAGCUUGCAUUCUUUUGUUUCUUAUGAUGCCAACUUAGGAGGAAUUGUUUGCACAAAUAACAUUUUACCGUUCUUUCGUUUACUAAUGAAAAAAAGGUAGUUGAGGGUAAUUAGCCAGAAACAGAAAUGUAUUGUGUGGCUUGGAAAGUACAGUAUUAAACUCUUAU